GACGUAUACCUCGUGUUUGCGGUUAUACGAGAAAUACGGGCGCGAAGAGUAGGUUAGCUUUUGUAUUUCAAUUACUAAUAAAAGUACUACUUGUCGAUUUUCAAAAUUCUUUUUAUACAUUUACACUCUAAUGUAAAUUGACAUCCUCGCAAUCAUGGCGGUACGUGUACAAUUCGAGAAUAACAACGAAAUUGGCGUGUUUUCCAAGCUAACGAAUUCUUACUGCCUCGUAGCAAUUGGCGGUUCCGAGAAUUUCUACAGUGUAUUUGAGGCAGAGUUAUCUGAAACCAUUCCCGUAGUUCAUGUUUCAGUCGCUGGAUGUCGUGUGAUAGGUAGAUUGUGCGUUGGAAACAAAAAUGGAUUGUUGGUCCCAAAUACGACAACAGAUACAGAAUUGCAGCAUAUACGAAAUUCAUUGCCAGAUAGUGUUAAGGUACAAAGAGUUGAAGAGAGACUCUCUGCCCUUGGCAAUGUUAUUGCGUGUAACGAUUAUGUGGCUUUAGUACAUCCUGAUCUAGAUAGGGAAACUGAAGAAAUUUUAGCUGAUACUCUGAAUGUAGAAGUUUUCAGACAAACUGUAGCAAGUAAUGUUUUAGUAGGCUCGUAUUCUGUACUGUCAAAUCAGGGUGGCUUAGUACAUCCAAAGACAUCUAUACAAGAUCAAGAUGAAUUGUCAUCCUUGUUACAAGUGCCUCUUGUUGCUGGCACAGUAAAUAGAGGCAGUGAUGUUAUAGCUGCAGGAAUGGUUGUAAAUGAUUGGGCAUCUUUUUGUGGUAUGGAUACAACCUCUACAGAACUUUCAGUUAUUGAAAGUGUCUUUAAACUUAAUGAAGCUACUCCAACUGCUAUUACAUCGACUAUGCGUGCAUCUCUUAUAGAAAGUAUGUCUUAAGUGACUGUGUAUUCUUCAAGAGAGCAUGAAAGUUUGAUGGAUAGUAGGUUGUACAUGUAUGUACAUACAUUCAAUGUUUGUGUCAAUACAAUUCCAUGUACCAGUUCCAUGUUAUGCACAAUAUAACUGUAGUAACAACAGUUUUUCUACAGUUCAAAUAUAAAAUAACUUAGAAUAAUAAUGAAACAUUCUGUACUAAAGUUUUUAUGAAAUCAUUUAUUUCGAUCUAAAAUUAUGAAAUCAAUUUUGACUUUACAAUCGAUUAUAAAAAAGAAAUACUUACCUUGCCUUACAUAUAAGAAUAGUUCAAGCAAAUUUCCAUAAUCAUGUAUAAAAUAAUGUUUCCCUGAAAACUAUAAACAUUACACUUGCCACUAAAGAAGAAAGCAUACAACUUUCUUCAUUUUAUUAAAAUUUGUUUAAUGUAUGAAUUUAUAAAUAUAACUGCAUAUAAAACGGAAA